AUGACUAAAAGUCUGGUUUUAGAGGAGACGUUUGAUCGGGAAGUCAUCCGGCACUGUCACCUGAGAAAUGGAGAAAACUGGAGAGGUCCACUUGCCUUAGAGGUGUAUGCAGACAGAGAAGCAUACCUUGCUACAGCAUCAAAUGCAAAUAUUCCUCGGAGAUUAGAGACCCAGGAACUUUCAGGUCUUCAUUACUGGGUUCUGAGAGACAAAUCUCUCAAGUGUGGGAGUGAUGAUAAUCCCAAGACAUAUAACGUAGUGGCUGCUUGCGAGUCCUAUUUCAGAGACUGGUGGAGAGUGGAUUACGACGCGGAGACGGGAGCUGCACAAACUAAAGUGGUCAGCUCGCCCUGUGUUGGAGGUGUAUAUACUUUGCCUGCGUUUAGAGGCAAAGGUUUGGCUACUUUCAUGAUCAGUGAGUUGAACAGGCAUUUUGGCCAAAUGUCUGAUCCAGAUAGCUUUGCUACAUUAUACUCUGAAGUUGGUGAAUAUUACUCGAGAUUCGGUUAUGAAAGUUCAUAUGUGCCAAAGUUCGAGCUACAGGUCCAAGAUAUAGAUUUGGAGCUGCCUGAAGCAGAAUGGCACCCUGCAGGCGAGAUGGCAGGAUUAGCAAAGACGUACUCUUCGCGUCUUCUGAGCCACAUCCAGGCCAGAACUCUUGAAACCAGGACCACAACGGUGGCACUUAUUCCCUCUCAGGCAGUGUAUGACUGGCACCACCUGAGGUCGGUGUUCUAUGCGGAGAGGCUGCACAACUUGAAGCCAGGAAACUUUGCUGUUUCUAUAAACAAAGAUUCAGAAACAGUAGGAUUUGCAGUUUUUACUGUUGACUAUCUCGAAAGUUCCAUUUUCGUGAUAUCAUUUUUUGCAGAAAGCUCCAAAGUGGGCCAUCAGUUGAUCCAAUUAUUAUUUCAGGAGGCCAACCGCGUUGGCUUCAAGAAGAUUCAAGGCUGGGUUUCUGAUGUGGUGAACUACAAUUUUGUGCCGGACUUAGAUUUCCAAAAAGAGCUCUCUGAGAAAUACAUGAGCAAUUUUGAGGUUGAAAACCACUCAUUAAGUGCACUCUGGCCUAUUUCAGGAAAAGGUCCUAUCAAUUGGGAGGAUAAUGGGAAACUUGCCUGGUUCUAA